AUGCAGCCCUACUCGCCCACUUCUCCAUCGUCCCUAUCUCUAAAGGACUUGAUAUCUCUCUACUCCACCCACUUGACCACCUCCGACAUAGGAAUUCUCAACGAUCCUCCGUAUAAACUGACGAUCUCCCUCGACAUGCUUCUCCCCAAUAGUAACUGUCGAGCAGUUCGCUCUCCUCCUCGUCCCCAAAACCCGUGGAUUCUGUUUCGCAAAGACUUCGAGGCGAGGUACAGAAAGCAUUCUCCAACCACUCCUGCGAGAAAGAUAUCAUCAUUCGCAAGUGAAGCAUGGAAGACGGGCGGGAGAGACGUUGCAAAAUUCUUUGAAGUAUUGGCGAAGGUGGCAGCGGUUAGACACCAAAUGAUAUACCCAGCAUACAAGUUCUCGCCAAAGAAGACCUCGCCAAAGGAAAGAGAAUGGGUAUUCAAACCAGACCCAAGAAGUGCUAGUGCUCAGUGUGAAGUAAUGGAGGAAGACGACGACAGGAAGGUGGGUGAAGUGAGUGAAAGCAUGAAACUUGAUGCGGAAAAAGGAAUCGGUGUUGAGGAGAGAAUAGACGCAGAAGAGAGAAUAAGAAUAGAAUUAGAAAAGGUAGACGAAUUAAGAGUAGAAUACUUACAACAAGAGAGCGAAACGAGUCCAGAAAUGGAAGAAUGCAAAGUGGGAACAGCAUUUUCCACAGACUUUCUUCCGACACCGCAGUCGGAUUUGCUUCCUGCGCCAGUCUCAGAUGUGACGAUCAUGUCCCCUGAUCCAUUCCAUCGAUUCGGCUCUCCUGACACGACGUUUGACACGACAGCGUAUCCUCAGCUCUUGUCCAACAAUGAUAAUUAUGUGCUCUUCAUCAAUCAAGAUGUCAGUGAAAUAUGUAACAGUGAUCUAAUGAAUAUCGAUAAGUUUGGUUUCCCUUUUAAUCGUCAUGGAAUUUGUGUAAGCAAUGAUAUGAUUGACAAUGGUAUUGAUGGGGUGGGGGAUGGUGUGGGAAGUGAUGUAGUUGAUAGUGGUGUGAAUGCAUGUGAUUUUACCAAUGAGUUUGUGCAGUAUGGUUUGCCAAACAUAUCUGCGUUAUUAUACGAACAGAUUGAAAUGGAAUACUUUGACUUUGAACUAUAUGAACAAGAGACUUCUGCAAUUGAUUCACCACUUUCGUGUUCGCUUGCUCAACUGUCUGCUCCGCCACCUGGUGUGGGUUCCGCAUACUAUGGAACCAGGUUUUGCAGCGAAUUUCACGAGAGUGAAAUAGCAGAAAAGCAACAACCGCAGUCUCAGUUGGAUCAAUACCAAUUGCAACAGCAGCAGCUGGAAAAGCAACUGGAUCCUCAACUGGACUACUUUCAACAGUGUCUCCAAAGUCAAUCUCUGUCAAGCUAA